UUCUAAUUUUUUAGCACAAAACAUUAAAACAAAUGGAAUCUAUGACCACGCUAUGCUUAUGACCUCGAUCCCAUUGACGUGUUCUUGUAACACAAGUUUGAUCAAAAAAGGAACCGCGAACUGGAAUAGCAUGUGUAGAGAAAAUGGACUGAGUUCUACAGUUAUAGAGGACAGAGGGGGAUUUCAGUCUAGUUAUGACAUAGCACAACAAAUUGCUACUAAUCUUGGGGUAACGUUCGAUGGUGAUGAUAACGACUGCAAUGAAACUGACUACAACACGAUGUCACACUUACAGCCCAAAAAUGGAUUCCUACCUUCACAGUGGCACUUUUCAGAGUGCUCAGCCAGUGGAUUUGAAGAACUCACAUGGACUACUUAUCUCAGUGAUUGUUUAAGGAACAAACGCCCACCGCUACAGGAAUUUGCAAGCACCUCAACGAUAGUCCCGGGACAGAAAUAUUCAGCCAACCAGCAAU